CAUACCCUUCAGGAGAGUCCAGUGCGGUGCUACUAUCCUUCUUUUUCGUUACUGCACCGAUCGCCUCUCUCUCCGGCGUAAUUUACCCUAAAAGAAAAGGAAAAAAAAAUUAUUACGAACCCAAAAAGUUUUCAGUUUCUACAAUAUCUUUCUCCGAACAGAAAUUCCUUAUUAAAUACUUAGUUAGGGUUUAACACUUCUGAUACUUAAUCUACGUCAAGUUGUGCUUCAACCUAUUACCGCAUUCAAUUUACCAGAAAAAAAAAAAAAGAAAUGGCUCAAGUUCUUGAGAACCCCACCAUUGACGCGGCGGCUUCCGGCGCGAACCCCUCGCUGACGACCAUCUCGUUGUACGUCGGGGAUCUUCACCACGACGUCAACGAUCCGCAGCUGUAUGAUCUCUUCAACCAGGUUGCCCAAGUCGUUUCCGUUCGAAUUUGCAGGGACGUGGCCACCCAACAAUCCCUUGGUUACGGCUACGUCAAUUUCAGCAACGCUCACGAUGCCGCAAAAGCAAUUGAUGUGCUGAAUUUCACUCCACUGAACGGCAAAAUCAUUAGGAUAAUGUACUCUAUUCGGGACCCUAGUGCUCGGAAGAGUGGUGCAGCUAAUGUUUUCAUAAAGAAUUUGGACAAGGCGAUUGAUCACAAGGCUUUGUACGAUACAUUUUCGGCUUUUGGGAAUAUUCUAUCUUGCAAGGUUGCGACAGAUGCUUCUGGCCAGUCUAAAGGCCAUGGUUUUGUGCAGUUUGAGAGUGAAGAAUCUGCACAAAAUGCAAUUGACAAGUUAAACGGCAUGCUGAUCAAUGAUAAGCAGGUCUUUGUGGGUCCUUUCCUGCGGAAGCAGGAUAGAGAGAGUGCUCUCAGUGGCACAAAGUUUAAUAACGUUUUCGUGAAAAACCUGUUGGAUUCAAUGACUGAGGCUGACUUGGAGAGAAUUUUUGGAGAAUAUGGAGCUAUUACUAGCGCUGUAGUGAUGAGAGAUGUAGAUGGUAAAUCAAAAGGUUUUGGUUUUGUCAAUUUUGCAAAUGUAGACGAUGCUGCUAAAGCUGUGGAGGCUCUUAAUGGAAAGAAUUUUGAUGGUAAGGAGUGGUAUGUUGGAAAAGCCCAGAAAAAGUCUGAAAGGGAGCUUGAACUGAAAGGGCAACAUGAACAGAUUACAAAGGAGACUGUUGAUAAAUAUCAUGGUACAAACUUGUAUAUCAAGAACUUGGAUGAUAGUGUUGGUGAUGAAGAACUCAUGGAACUGUUCUCUGAGUUUGGUACGAUAACCUCAUGCAAGGUUAUGCGAGAUCCAAAUGGAAUUAGUAGAGGAUCUGGAUUUGUUUCAUUUUCAAUUGCUGAGGGAGCAACUCGGGCUCUUGGUGAGAUGAAUGGUAAAAUGGUUGCUGGCAAACCUCUCUAUGUUGCCCUUGCACAGAGAAAAGAAGAUAGAAGAGCAAGGUUACAGGCACAAUUUUCACAAUCGAGGCCUGCUGCAAUAACCCCUAAUGUUUCACCUCGAAUGCCUCUAUACCCUCUAGGGGCUCCUGCGAUAGGACAACAAUUUUUGUAUGGGCAAGCAGCUCCAGCCACGAUACCUCAACAGCAUUUUGUUCCUGGAAUGAGGCCAGGUGGUGCUCCAAACUUCUAUGUUCCACUGGUUCAGCAGGGUCAACAGGGACAGCGCCCAGGAGGACACCGAGGAUCAGGUCCUAUGCAACAGCUCCAGCAGCCAUUGCCAUUGAUGCACCAACAGAUGCUUCCAAGGGGACAUGUCUAUCGAUAUCCUUCUGGCUCCAAUAUGCAAAAUAUUCAACUGGCAGGAGUACCUGGAGGAAUGGUCACUUAUGGCAUUGGUCAACAAAUGCCCACGCAGGCCCUGGCCUCGGCCCUUGCCAAUGCUACUCCUGAACAGCAGAGGACUAUGCUUGGUGAAGCUUUAUACCCGUUAGUAGAUAAGCUGGAGCAUGAAGCAGCAGCAAAGGUUACUGGUAUGCUCUUAGAGAUGGAUCAGCCUGAGGUAUUACAUCUGAUUGAGUCACCGGAUGCUCUCAAGGCUAAAGUUGUUGAGGCCAUGGAUGUGUUGAAGAAAGUUACACAGCAGCAAUCAAACAGCCCAGCCGAUCAACUGGCUUCACUCUCUCUGAAUGAUAAUGUCGAGUCUUAAGAUUAUGUAUGCCAGUUUACAGGAAUACACAUGUUCUUAAAACAGUCACAGUUGUGUUUCUGGUUUUUUUGUAGGAUUAGCAAACACUCCUUGGAGUAACUUAUUGAUUUGCAUUUUGAUUUGGUUUCUCUUCACUACUGCUUAGUUUGACAUGGCCGUCCUAUUUUGGCCCCAGUUUUCUUUAAAAAAA